AGUGGUGGGGUGUUUUUGACUGUGCUGAACAAUUAGCGCCUCGAAUUUGCAAGUUAAAAUAGAUGGGCUCCGGGUGAAACAAAUAAAACAAGAAUUAGGAGUAUAAGCAGCAGCGACGGCGGAAGGUGAAUUGAAACAGAAAGAGAGGGUGCGUUGUGAUAACAAAAUGUUAGAUACGAGCAAGUUCCAAGUGGAGUUGAAACUUUUUGCAAUUCGUUUACCUCGGGAGCUGUGUAAGGCUGCAUCUGACUUAUUACAUGGGUACAUGCUUGACAAGCCCCGAACCAAACCAAUCACCAAAGAUCCAACAAGUGAGAAAAACCGUUAUAUUAUACUAUCAGAGAAGGUUCAGGAUCCUGAUUUAUCUGAUAUUCCAAGUGAAAAAAUUGAUGAACUGAAGAAGCUUUUUAAAGUUGAAGUAUUUCCUUAUUCAGUGACUCUCGGAUAUUCCCACUGGGGUGCAGAUCACGUGUUGAGGCAGAUUCUUCCUCCUGGGACUGAAGCGCCAUCAUCAUUUGAAACUAUAGGUCACAUUGCCCAUAUGAACAUAAACGAUGAACUACUUCCUUACAAGGAUGUGAUUGCGAAGGUUAUAUAUGAUAAAAAUUAUCCAAAAAUUCAGACGGUUGUUAAUAAAGUUGGAUGUAUUACUAAUGAGUUCCGUGUACCAAAGUUUGAAGUACUAGCUGGGAAAGCUGACAUGACUACAGAGAUAAAGCAGUUUGGAGCAACUUUCAAGCUUGAUUAUGGCCUGGUCUAUUGGAAUUCAAGGUUGGAGCAUGAACAUAUAAGGUUGGUUUCGCAGUUUAAAGAAGGGGAAACUAUAUGUGAUAUGUUUGCUGGUAUUGGCCCAUUUGUUAUUCCAGCAGCAAAGAAAGGAUGCCUAGUGUAUGCAAAUGAUUUAAAUCCAUAUAGUGUUCGUUAUCUGAGGAUUAAUGCUAAAAUCAACAAUGUUGAGGACUGCGUUAAAACAUACAAUAUGGAUGCUAGGAAAUUUAUUGCACAACUGAUGGUAGUUCCCACUUGCGAGACACAAUGUGCAUCCACAGAGGUAAGAAAGGGCAAAAAUAUGCGAAUUAAAGCUUCUGUAUCAGUUGAUACUAAACCUUGGGAGCAUGUUGAUCAUGUGAUAAUGAAUCUUCCAGCUUCCGCCCUUCAGUUUAUCGAUUCAUUUAGAGGCCUUAUCCGGAGAAAAUUCUGGAAGGGUUCACUACCUUGGAUUCAUUGUUAUUGCUUUAUGAAGUUAACCGACACGAGAGAAUCAAUACUAUCUGAGGCAGAGUCUGCUUUGAAGGCUAGGAUACAGGAUCCAGUAUUUCAUAUGGUUAGAAGUGUUGCUCCGCACAAGGAUAUGUAUUGUCUGAGUUUUAAGCUGCCAGAAGAAGCAUGUAUCUGGGAAGAAUAGUUAUUCUACAAAUAAGUAGGUAUAAGUAUUUCAUGAUCAUCCCCAGUGCCAUGCAGAAUCUCCUCUCAACCUAGAAAGGCAAAAGAAAAGCCAGCUACAUAAAUGCUGUAAUCUGAAAUAAUGAUCUAGAAACAACCAUCUUACAUAACAUAACACUAUGAUGGCUGUGAAAUGUUUAUAUACUCUUCAGACUUGUUUAUGAUUUCAUUAGUUACUUUCAUUAUAUUCGAGGGCAUUGAGUUGUCGAUAGAGGUAUCCUUGUCCUCUUACAGAGGCCCUUUCUCUUUGUAUGAAGAUUGCAGUUUGCAUUACCGCGCAUUUCACAUAUUUACUUUGUAUUAUCAACCAAGAUAUUUUCCCUGCCAGUUGCUUUCUUUAAUGGAUGAGGAAUCUAUCUGUA